UUUUUUUUUUUUUUGGUGACUUCAAAAAAGCAUUGAAAAAUUGAAGGCCAAAACUCUUUUGAAAGGACAGUUUUCCAUAAGAUUUGCGUUGGAAAUCCUAGUUUAGCUAAAGUACUGUUGGGAGUGUGUCACUUAUUGAGUUGGUACACCUAGUUGAGUCAGUUUUGAAGAAGCAUUUAAAGAAAUUGUCGACGCCACUAAUCCAAGCUGAAAAAAUCGGAUAUAUAGUUGGGAAAGUAUAAUUGACACAAGCAUAUAUAUAGAAAUAGUAUGUUGAGAUCGUCAAUAAUAAAGAGUGGAUCAAAGGUUCACUACUCGGGUACUGCGUUGGGUUCCAUACAGACAUAUCGUUUGUUUAGUCAAAGUAGUAUUAACUCUAAUAAACCUCAAUCACCAUUAGAAGUUUUCUUUAAAACUUUUAGAAGUGAAAUCAAGAAAUCCAAUGAAUUAAAAGAAAACAUCAAGGCUUUGCAAGAUGAAACUGGUAGAGUCGCAGAAAGUGACGCUUUCAAAAGAGCCAAAGAAGCUUAUGAUCGUGCCCAAAAGGGUAGUUCGACUGCCGCAGGAGCAGUUGGAGGUGUUGCGCAUAAAGCAUGGGACUCAAAAGUUGGUCAUGGAGUUAGAACUACCGUUAGAACCAGUGCAGAAGCCGCUGAUAAAGCAUUUGAUCCAGUUAGACAAACCAAAGUUUAUAAAGAUUUUUCUGAAGUUAUUGAUGAUGGUUCAUCAUCAUCCUACGGGGGGUUUUUAACCAAACAACAAAGAGAAAAAUUAAGGGCUCAAGAAUUAGCUAAAAAAAUGAAGGAUGGUAAAUUAUUUAAACCAGUUAAAGAAAAUGAAGAAGCUGGUGGGGCUUUAGUUGCCACUGAUUCUAAACCAACUGGUCCUACUUUCUCUGACAAAUGGGAAACUUUCAAACAAAGAUCUCCAAUCGGUCGUGGUGUUGUUUAUUUACAAGAAAAAUGGGAAGAAUCAGAAAAUGGUUUAAUUGCAUUAAUUAGAACUAUUAUCGAAAAAGUUACUGGGUUUUUCGCUGAAACCGAACAAGCUAAAGUUAUCAAACAAUUGAGACUCAUGGAUCCUUCUUUCAGAAUCACGGAUUUCAAUAAAACUUUAACUAAUUAUAUCGUCCCGGAAUUAUUAGAUGCAUACAUUAAAAACGAUGAACAAACCUUGAAAAAAUGGUUAAGUGAAGCUCCUUUCAACGUUUGGCAAGCUAAUAACAAACAAUUCAUUCAACAGGGCUUAUUCUCAGAUGGUAGAAUCUUAGAUAUCAGAGGUGUUGAAGUAGUCACUUGUAAAAACUUACAACCAAACGAUAUCCCAGUUAUCGUUGUCAGUUGUCGUGCUCAAGAAAUUCAUUUAUACAGAAAGGCUAAAUCCGGUGAAAUUGCUGCCGGUACCGAAGAUCACAUUCAAUUGAGUACUUAUGCUAUGGUUUUCACUAGAAUUCCUGAAGAAAUGGAUAAUAACGUUACUGAAGGUUGGAAAAUCAUCGAGUUCGCUCGUGGUGGUUCAAGACCAUUCCAUUGAUUACCUCUCCUCUCCUUUCUACUACAUACUUAAUAUCUGUAAAUAUCAUACUUUAAAAUAUAAAUAGUAUCUAC